GCCAGCGGAGCAGUGAUUGACGGCUGAGCGGAUUAAAUCCUCAGCAGCGGAGCGGCCGGUCAGAAACGGCCCGAAAGGACUCCACCGUCCGGGUUUAAAGAGGAGACAGGUCCGGAUCGAAGCGGGUUGUGGACUCUAACAGAGUUUAAAGCUGUUUUACUUUAGUUUAUUGUAACCAGGAGCAACAGAGAGAGAGAGAGACAGUCCUACAGCCGAGGACGGCGGGCUCGCUCGUCCAUGUCGUGCCAGCAGCAGCAGCACAGAGGCCAGACGCUGCCCAGGGAAAGAGCCUGAUGCCCCCGGGUCCUUACAACAGCCACCGUCCCACACACUGAGCCGGAACAUGCUAUAGCCACCUGACUGCCAAUCAAAAUGAUGGCCUCGGUGGUUGUCGGGGGCAACCGGAAGAAGUCUCUCACACUGAGAGGCGUGGACCCGGAGACCUGCAUGAUCGUGUUUAAGAACCACUGGGCUCAGGUGGUGAAGAUCCUGGAGAAACAUGAGCCGGGUCGUAGCGGCACCGGCGCACUGAGCUUCCUCUCCGGUCAUGGUAGCAGCUCCGGAGCGUUACGCCUCGGUCCCAUCCCGGCUGACGAGGCCAGCGCCGUCCAGAACUACGUGGAACACAUGCUCUUCCUGCUGAUGGAGGAAGAGGCGGGGCAAGGAGGAGCGAUGGGUCCAAUCCUGGAGUUUGUGGUUCUGGAGGGCGUGAUGGAGAGGCUGUUUCUGUGGAGCCUCAGGAGACAGUUUACUGAGGACAUGAAGCUGGAGCAGCUCAGGAUGUACCAGAUGCUUCUAUCUCAGGCCAGACAGCCUCUACUGCACCACAAACCGGUUCUACGACCGCUCAUGAUGCUGCUGGCCUCCUGCGCCGGACCUGGAACUGACAGCGGCGGUGUGGUGGAGGCGGAGCUGGUCCUCCUGUUGAACCAGCUUUGUGUGGCUCUGGUCAAAGAUCCCUCAGUGCUGGAGCUGUUCUUCCACACCAGCGAGGACCAGGGAGCUGCCAACUUCCUGCUCUUCUCCCUGCUCAUACCGUACACACACAGACAGGGUUCGGUUGGCCAGCAGGCCAGAGACGCUCUGCUGCUCAUCAUGUCUCUGUCGGCCUCCGAUCCUCGAGUCGCCCAGCACAUCGCCGAGAACACGUACUUCUGUCCUGUGCUGGCCACAGGUCUGUCUGGUCUGUACUCGUCUCUUCCAGCCAGGCUGCAGGUUUACAGUGAAGACUGGCACUGUCUGGACCAGGCUGACUGGCAGCAGUGUUUGGGUCAACAGGUUCCUGCUCUCGUCCACUUCCUGCACUCACUGGACUUCUGUAGCGCUGUUACCAAGGUUGCUCACCCCUCCAUCCGGUCUCAGUUGCUGGGUUACAUCUACAACGGCUUCCUGGUCCCCGUACUGGCUCCAGCUCUGCACAAGCUGACGGUGGAGGAGGUGAUGACCACCACGGCAUACCUGGACCUGUUCCUGCGCUCCAUUCCCGAGCCCGCCCUCCUCCAGACCUUCCUGUCCUUCAUCCUGCUGCACACACAUGACAACGUGCACAUCCUGGACACACUGGUCAGCAGGGUCAACACACCUUUCCAGUUGGGUACGGUGUCGCUGGCUCUGUUCAGGACCCUGAUUGGUCUCUUCUGUGAAGACGUAAUGCUGCAGCUGGUGUUCAGGUAUCUAAUUCCCUGCAGACACCUGAGCAGGAAGCAGUUCUGCUCCCUAAAGCAGAGGGACUGUUACUCCUCCAGUGCCGCCUCCUUCCUGCUUCUCAUGCCUUCCUGGUGUCCUGGGAACCUCCACAAUACUAACACACAUUCAGAGCACAUCCACUGGCCCAAAGGAGCAGAUCUGUCAGUGUCAGACAGUGUUGGUUACUGUCGUGGUUCAGACUUUCUGAUGGAUGUAAAUUAUCUCCACUACCUCUGGGACGCCCGCCAGGCCAUCUCCACUUCCCACAGGGCAUGUCAGCUCUGGUCGGCUCCGUAUGACGGGAUCAACCCUUUGCCUCAAGAAUACCGAUCUGACACACCAGGGGACGACAUAGAAGAUGAGGAAGAGAUCGUACCGCGAGCCAAGAGUGACUCCAUUAGCUCUUUGGUCGUCACUCCUCCCCCUUUGACCCUCUCCCCGACCCUGUCCUCUUCAGAUACCAUCUCCACGGGCAACCAGGCAGGAAGAGCCAGUUCUGCCCUGGAGCUGGAGUGGGAUGACAUUUUUGCAGAUGACGAUCUAUCUUUAUCAGGGGUACUAAGCACAACAUUCGCAAAUGGCAGCAUGACCAUGGAUGUGGACCGAUGCACUUCUACACCUGCACCCCCUCUACCUCCUCGACACAUCCAGGAGAUGCGACGCACCGCGACCAAGCUGGUGCAUGGCUCGUAUGUAGAGGAAUCUGAGUUUCAGGACGAUGUUCUGGUCUACAAUCUUGUCGCCCAGACUGAUACAAAGGCGGCCAUUUUGGAGCGAAUCAUGGCAGCAAAUAGACGGGCCCGCGGAAGCAUCUCAAAUGGCCAGCGAGUGUCAACAACAACAACGACAACAACAAUAGCAACAAUGUUAACGACCACAGGUAGGACGGUAAUGGAAACAGUGAACAGUAUAAUGUCGACAAGGAGGUGGAGCGAGGAUGCAGGCAAAGAGGAAAGAAGAUGGAGUGACGAUUAUGGGCAGAAGGUGAGGAGGAGGAGUGAGGACUGUGGAAAGGAGCUGUGGAGAAGGAAAGAGGAAGGAGAAGAUGAGAUAAGGAGGAUGUGCGCACAAGGAGAGCCAAAAGGACGUCAGUUUUUCACCAAUGGUUUUAAUGCAAAGCAUCAUAUCAUCGACGAAUGUGAUGACACUGAUGAAGCCAACAAGCCAUUUAAGCAAAACUGCAACCAUGGUGACCUCAUAACUACUGUCAAACACAAGCACACACCUCACCAGCAGCACAUACACCACAACACACAACAUCCCAUGCCACAGUCAAUGAAAAACACUUUACCCAACGGCCAUUCUGAAUCUGAGCCACGUGACCCUUUGGUCUCUGCAACUGCUGCCAAGUCUCCAAAUCUGCCUGGUAAUAAUGUCACCAAUAAGGAUGACUUCCUGUCCCGAUACCACAAGCUCAUGCUCUCUUUAGGUGUGGAGCCAGACUGUGACGACAUCACAGAUGACAUCAGCACGUUCAGGAAGCGGGUCCGAGAGCUGAGGCAGAAACUAGAAGAGGAGGAGGAAGGACUUGACGAAGAAUUAGUUUAUAGUUCCUUGUGGGAUGACAGAGAGGAGGAAGGAGAGGAGGAGGUGAUGGAGGAGGAAGAGGAGGAAGGGGAAGGAGAGGAGAGGAGGAGUGGCAGUAAGAAAGGCAGCAGGAGACAUGGAGUUCCAUUUACAGGUCCGUUCAUCAGCGUCCUGUUGUCCAGGCUGGAGAACCUUCUGGAAAACUCCAUUGCUGUGAACCUGCUGGUGACGGGCAUCCUGGCCCAGCUGGCGUCAUACCCUCAACCUCUGCUGAGGUCCUUCCUGCUCAGCACAGACACACACAACCUGCCCAACGUACGCACACUGUACCAGGUGUUGGUGUCGGUGAAUGCUCAGAUCGAGCGCUACGUGGCGGCUAGACCAGAAUAUCCUGCCCUGGUCACUCAGGCCUGGAGGUUCUUGUUGGCGAAAGACCAAGACAGCAAGUUUAGAGAGUGCCUCCAGCCUCAGGGCGGCGACAUCAUCCUGGACCCGUCGCUUCCUAACGGCUCCGUGAGGAACGCUCUGGCUUUGCCUCCUCUUAGCGUCCUGCCGCCCUGCCCUCCUAUUCCCCCCCAAGCCAAGAGCCGAGUGUUCGCCAUCGUCCUGUACGCAGAGUUCCUGAAAGAGCUGGCUGCCAUUGCCCAGGAGCACAGCAUCGCACUGGACUGUUCUUCAGAGGAGUAAUGGGAGUGUUUUGGCCACCAGCAGAAGAGUGAGGGCUUCUAAAAACCCUAAAGCACAAAACAUGCACAUACAUUACACAUUGAGCUGUAAUGCAAGUGAGUAAUUAUUGUGGAUAUUGUAAUAAAAUGUUGUUUUUAUGCGUAGGUUUGUAUGUACACUAUAUUUAUAUUCCUGGCAGCACUUGAAUAUUUGGAUGUUUUCCCAGUGUGAAUAUGGAUAUUAUGGAUUUACUAUGGAUUAUUUAUAAGUAGACGGAAAUUAUUUGAAGGAGAUUAUUUUGAUGUUUUCUAUAUAUUUGUGGGAUUGGUGCAAAUUAGUUUUAUAUGAUAUUUUCUGAAAUCUUUGCACAAGUAGGUAAUGUCGAAAAAAAAUUAAAACCAUUUGAAGUUUUCUUUUAUUUUAUUUCUGUGGCUGCCAUUUUAAAUCAACCUCCUCCUCCUCAGGAGGGGGAGGUUAGUGCAUAAACUAGUACAAAAAUACACAUAAACAGAGACUAUGCAUCAGAGAGUCUUAACAGUUAUUACUUUUAUCAACACAAACACCAACCACAGUAGUUGGAGCAGCAGAGUAGUAGUAGCAGAUUGCAACUCCCUUGCUUCACCCUCCCUUUCCAUGCGCCAACAAGAAAAUACAGUGGCCAAGAAAUGUGCAAAAAAUGUGAAUGCCUGUAUUUAGAGCCAAUGUUUGAUUUGUACUUUCUGGGCUGCUGUAGAAACAUUGUGGUUCAACAACUUCCCUUUCUUAAAUACAUACAUAACCAUUCUGCUUCUCCAAACUCUCUCCUCUCUGGAAAUUGGAGAGUUUGGUUCAACAACACAUAAGAUUUCUACAAACACAUUUACAUAAAGUAAAUAAUUAAAGAAAUAAUACACUACAGGCAAGAGUUAUUGUAAUUUCUGCAUUUUAAACAAACCAAACCAAACUGAAUGUGUGUUUUUCAGAGAAGUUCAGUAUCAUUUAUGUCCCUCCAGUUGUUAUUGUGCAUCUAUAGAAAUCAGAGGCUUCGCCUGUACUUCAGUUAACCUUGGAGGGUUUUUUAAAGCACAUGGUUUCAUGUAUUGUGUCCACUAUCUGUGUUUACCUGUUUGAAUCAAUUUUUCUUACUGCUGUACUGGUCAUACAUUUUUAUGCUGAAAAUGAAAAAUGAGUGACAAACUUUGAAUCUUAAUCAAAAGGGGACGAUCCUCUGUGAUUAGUUGUGUCUUUCUGUUUUAUAAUGUUUUCCUGAUGUGUCUUUAUAUGCACACAGAGUAAUGACAAAGCCUUAUUUUAACCUACACAGAGAUUUUAGUGCAAGAAACCAAGAUGCAAAAAUGAUGUAUGUUAGUCUUAUGCAAAUAUGAGAUCCCAAUUAAUGUAAUUUGCACUUCUAUGAGUGUGCAUUUAAUUGUUUUUAUUGUAAAAUGUGUGAUUUUUAUUGACAAAUUUCUUUCAUUUUUGCCCUUUUUCACCUGACAAGAGUUAAUUCCUGAUGAUGCUCACCAGGUCAAGUGGUAAAGAGGGUAGAUUUGAGUUCUAAACUCUGAACCAUGCUGUUACUCGGACGUCCAAGUAACAGUAAAGCUUUUUCCCAGUUGAUGUCAAUGCAGCAUGCACACUACCAGCCUCUCUUCAUAAUACAAACUGCGUUUUUAUGGAGAUAUUAUGGGAUGGACCAACCUGACUGAACACUACAGCUCUCAGUUCAGCUCCCUGUGCUCACUCAGAGGCUGAAUGUUAACACUGCCACCUGCUGGCGAAUCACCGCUGGGACACCUUUCCUCUCCUUUUGGAAUAAAUUAUUGCCAAAAUGAAAAUAAUUAAACUGAUUUUGACAAUCUUA